GAGCUGGAAGCGGAGCGGCCCGUCUCCUACCUGGCGAACUAUGUGCCGGCCGACUCUCCCGGCGAGCAGAUUUCUAAACCCGGCCUCCCGGCCGCUGACUCCAAAGCCUCCUUCGAGGCACACGUCAGAGAAAAGUUUAACAGGAUGGUAGAGGCCGUGGACAAAACGAUCGAGAAGCGAAUCGACAAGCUUACCAAAGAGCUGGCCCAGAAGACGGCGGAGCUGCUGGAGGUGCGGGCGGCUUUUGUGCAGCUGUCCCAGAAGAAGCAGGAGGUGCAGCGACGGGAGCGGGCCCUGAGCAGGCAGGUGGACGUGGCGGUGGAGAUGAUCGCAGCCUUGAAGCAGCGCCUCACCGAGUCCGAGGAGGAGCUUCAUCGGAAAGAGGAAGAAGUCGUUACUUUCAACCACUUCCUGGAAGAAGCGGCAGAAAAAGAAGUGCGGGGAAAAGCCAGGCUCCAGCACUUCAUUGAGAACCUGUUGCAGCGUGUGGAUCUGGCAGAAAGGCAGCUAGAAUAUUACCAAAAUCAGCAGAUGGUGUGCAACCACACCGACAUCAGCGAGCACGUGUUUACAGACAUUUCAUUAAAUAAGAAACCCAGAUGCCUGAGCCGAGGAAGUCAACACGCUUCGUAUAACAUCCCUGACGCAAAGCCUCAUUCAUUUCAAAAAGGAAGAAUCUUGUUGAAAAAAGCAAAGGAUGAAAAAAACAGCUUGCAGCCAGUGAAGUGCUUCUAUGAACCUGUUGAUUGCUCAAGAGAAAUAUGGAGAGCACAAAAGAAGGGUGAACCAGCCUGCUCUGCCAGGAAAGUGAGCGCAAAAUCCAAGAUGGGUAAAAAGGCCAAACCGCUAUAG